AUGGGGAGCGUUCACAAAAAUUCAACAAAGAGUUCUAUUGAAUUUGAUGAUUUGAGUUUUGAGUAUAGUGGUUCAAGUGAAGAAAAUGAUAUAAAUAUAUCUCAAAAGAAGGGUACAAUUGAUGAAGCUAUGAAAAUGGUUAAUCGUGGAGAUGGAUUUGGUGAAGUUGAGAAGAAGUUAACUGAGUUGACCAAGGAUGACAUUUGGGGUAUUGAGCAUGAUAGUGUAGAGCAGUGUGUUCAAUUCUACAAAAAUUAUGCCAAUGUACAUGGUUUUGUUGCAAGGUGUGAUGAAAAGGGUUAUGAUUUCAACGGCAACCUUAACAUGAGACAAAUGGUUUGUAAUAGAGAGGGUACACGGAGAAAGAAGUAUCUGGAGAUGGAGAAUAAGAAAAGAGACCACAGGCCGAUAACACGUGUAAUGUGUCAAGCCAGAAUUAGAUUUCACUAUGAUAUGAAAUUGAGGAAGUGGAAAGUCACUGCAUUUGAAGAGACUCACAAUCAUGACCUUAUCCCACCUAAAUAUAUACAAUUUGUCCCUGCAUAUCGCGUAAUGACCGAGGCCGACGAAGCACAAGCCAACAGUCUGCAUGAUUUGGUUGUGGCUUGCUAG